AUGGAGAUUACCUCGGAAACAGUAUCAGCUGGUCAAGAGGAAUCGGCCGUCGUCUUCUGGUGGAACCGACCUUCCAAUCUCGAAAUGGAGCUCACAAGUGGAACUGCUGUCGCGAGGGCAGUCAGGAUGCCGACGUACUGCAACCGUUCGGCCUCCACUUUCCCCAAGCUGUAUCGUCUCUCUGCACAUUUGGUCGUCGCCUCAGUGACAGGUCUUCGGCAGAUGAGUCAUCGAAUUCACUUUAGAACCCUCCAGUCGGUAGCCUCUUCAGAGCCCGGCCACUCAAGUCCGGCAAUUGACUCGCUUUUUUGGUCGUCCUCUUCAAGUUUUCUGCUGCCCUAG